AUUCGAAUCAUCUUCAUCAUCAUUUGUAAAACAAAACAAAAAAUAUCAGAAAAAAUUGUCUUGUGUGUCUUUGGGGAUCCAGCACAUCAAAAGUAAACGACAACAAACACAAACAGCACCCUUAAACUCACACACACACACACACACACCUACAUCGACCUUAAAAAAUUUCAUUCGAAACACACGUUAUCUUUAUAUAUUUGGGCGCAUGUUCGAAACGAAACUCUAUUCUGAUUUCAACUUUUCUAUUUCCAUUUCCCUAACUUUUUUUUCACAUUUUUUUUUCUGUUUUGUGUGAUUGUUUUUGUGUGUGUAAAUUUGAAGAUUUUUCAUUUUUUUUUUUUUUUUUGAUUUUGAAAAAAUCAUCUUGUCACCGUACCCAUAUAAAUCAUCCAUCAUUAUCAGGAACAUGGAACAUCAAAUAUUGAUUUGCAAUGAACCUAGUCCACAAUCACCACCAUCAUCAUCAACCACAUCAUCAUCAUCAUCGUCGUUAGGACAGAAUCAUUUAAAUUUACAUCGUUCACAUAGAAAUGGAUCACAUCGAAUUGCUAUACAUCAUUAUCAAUCAUUGGAUCAAUCAUCACCAACAAGCGAUUCAAGUGGUUAUGAUUCAAAUACAUCAAUUAUAUCAUCUAUUCAUUCUAGUUAUGGUGAUGAUGAACAUCAUCAUUAUCGAACAAAUAAUAGAAAUUGUAGAAAACGAAAACCAUAUGAUAGUGGUGAUCAUGAGAGCCAACUACAACAGCAACACCAACAACAAUUACAACAAACCAAAUCGAAUCAAAAUCGAAUGUCAAUUAGUCAUCAACAACAACAACAACAACAGCUACCACCACAGCCAAGGCAACGACUAGCGGAAGAACCAGAAUCGGUAAUCAGUCAUCUAGAUCAAAAUCUACUUGAUGAUCAAGAAAGAAUUCUUAAAAGAAUGUUAUCGAUUGAACAGCGAUAUAUACCAUUGAAUGUAAUCGAUGCUGUAUAUCGUUCAUCGACAAGUGAUAUAAAUGAAAAAACACGUUUUGAAUUGACCGAAUGGAUGCACGAGGUAUGUGAACAAUACAAAUGUGAACCUGGCAUAUUUAGCCUUUCGGUCAAUUACUUGGAUCGAUUUAUAUUGGCUAAACCUACUGUACCUAAACAACAAUUACAAUUGGCUGGCAUUGUAUGCAUGUUGAUUGCAUCGAAAAUACGUCAAUGUAAUACAUUCGAUCUGGAAUUUUUAAGCUUUGCAAGUGAUCAUGCAUUCACCGUGAAAGAAAUUCUGAUAUGGGAACAACUUAUCCUGAAAGAAUUAUCAUGGGAUGUCAGUUCAAUCAUUGCAACCGAUUAUCUGGAUUAUCUAUUGGUUAUUUUAUCGAAUCUAUUAUCAGCAACAGCAACAAAUACUUGUCAAAAACCGAAUAAACAACAACAACAACAAUGUAAUCGACGUAAUCAUCGAAUUCGUCGAUAUAGUAUAAGUAAUCAUCAUCAAGAUGAUGUCGAUAUUGGAAGGUUAAGAAAAACUGUACGAAGAAUGACAAAAAACCAUUGUUCUGAUAAUGAAAAUGAUGAUGAUGAUAAUACGAAUGUUUCAUCAUUAAGGAAACGGAAAACAUCGAUUCGAAGUUUAAACCAUCCAUCGAAACGUAUGAAAUCUGAUCAUCGACAAUUUACUAGUCGCCAUGAUGAUGAUGAUGAACCGAUUGUAUAUGAAAAACAACAACAACAACAACAACAGCAUAAUUCAUGGACAAACAAUUCGAAUGAUCAUCAAUCUUGUUCAACAUCAACGAUUGAGGCCAUCAUACGUCGUCAUGCAAAUACAUUUAUCGAAUUAUGUUCCAUAGAUAUUACAUUUGUAUCUGUUGAACCAUCGGUGAUUGCAUCUGCAUGUGUGGCCACAGCAUUACAAGGUCUCGACAUUAAUCGAAAUAGAACGACAACAACAUCACAAUCAUCGACCGACAUGACUACAAAGACGAAUACGAUGAUGAUGAUGAUGACGCCGGAACAGCCAAUAUCAACAACAAAUUAUAUGAUUACCACCACCGCCACCACCGCCACAAACAACAGCAACAGCAAUAAUAGCCGACGACACACAACAGUACAACAGGCUAACGACCAACAAAAUUCAACAACAACAAUAAUCCCUAAUAAUUUAUAUGAACAAUUCUUAUUGGCUGUAGAAAAACAGCUUGGAAUCGAUUCGCAUUGUAUUGAAAACUAUGCAAAACAAAUCGAUAAUUUGAUCCGAAAUGAAUCAAUGACAAUGGAUCGAAAUUCAAUGACUAACAAUGUUGACGAUACGAUAGCUACGGUAUCACCGGAAAUUACUAGCCGAUCAUCAUCAAAUCAUAUCAACAAUAAUAAUACGAAUAUUGUUCCCACACCGCCUACUACAGCCACAGCCACAGCCAUGACAAUAUCGAUCGAUACGAAUUUACCGACAACAUUGAUGAAUGCUCAUUGCUAUCAAAACCAUUAUCAUCAGCAUUCCACGGUUAAUAAUAACACGACUUCCACAGCAGCCACUCCCAAUAACAAUCAGAAUUAUAUUCAUACUACAUUCGCCCAGGUAUCUAGUGCAAAACAAUUGCUUCUCAAUCGACAACAGCAACAGCAACAACAACAACAACAGGUCAAUCAACAGGAGAAUCGUUACAUUCCCCAUAAUAAUCAUCAACGGUCAUAUUCUUUAUUACAUGAUACAACCAAUGGUGGUCCUACUGGUCAAAUGACGACUGCCACAUGGUUAGAUGAUCUUAGCCUUAAAACACAACCUUCGUUAACCGAUCUGCUUAGCUAUCUGGAACAUGAAGAUCGUGAAAAUAUACCAAUUUUCAUUCCAGAACAGCCAUCAUUGAUCAAUGUUAAUGCUGAUGAUGAAGAUGAUGAUGAUGAUAAUAAUGAAAAACGUUUACGUUUCGUUAAAAAACAUUAUAUCUAG